CUCUGCUUCAUUCCUGAGACAAAAACUAAAACGGAGCAGAGCUUGACUUAAGUUGUACAGCAGAGCCCGGACCUUACAGGUCUAGAAUGCAACCAGGGCCGUUUAUUUCAAGUAGGUUAUUUUCCUGUAUGUAUUAGUCCCUUUUUUUGUUGUUGUUGCAUAUUUGAGCUUGGCCCAAGUCAACAACUACGUGGGAAACUUUCUUGUGACGUUUGACUCACUGCGGAUCUCAAGCGGCUGAUGCACGGCACAAUGGAUCUUGUAUUGGUGGUGGCAUUCAGCUCUUGGCUGGCUCCUGCACUUGGGUCAGCAUUUGGCAGGGAGGUGUUCGCCUCAGCAGCAGAAGAUGACAAAGACUUUGACAGCGCUUUUCAUUAUGAUUAUGAAUCUCUGAGAAUCGGUGGCCUGGUUUUUGCUGUCGCUCUGUUCCUGCUGGGCAUUUUCCUCAUCGUCAGUCGAAAGUGUACCUGUUCAAACAGUGACAAGUCAAGGUCCCGGGGUCCCCAAGUUGAAUCACCUGUCCAGCGAGCUUAACAGAGCCUCUUUAAAAGCUGUUUGCCGGCUUCCCCCCACUAGAUGGCGGCAAACACCACGAAGACAGCAGAGAGCAAUCCUUGCAGGAGGGACAGCGUUGAGCUUUUUUAAAAAUGACAUAAUCCAGCUAUUUUUUUCUCUCUCUCUUUCUUUUUUCCUCCUUUUUUAUGGUUUUAUCAUCAGAAACUGUCACUAGAUAAUGUUUCAUGUUUAUACAUUAGCCAUGGUGUGAUUCUCAUUUGUAUUUCUCUGAUUUCCAAACAGAUGCUAGAUAAUAAAGCAAAUGUUUAAAUUAAA